GGACGAGCGCCAUUCGUAAUCCAGAAAGUUACCACUCCCCUACCUUCACAAUGACUGAACGCGACGACUCUGUCUACCUUGCCAAGCUUUCCGAGCAGGCUGAGCGUUACGACGACAUGGCCGAGGCCAUGAAGAAGGUUGUCAAGCUCAACCUUGAGCUCACCAACGAGGAGCGCAACCUCCUCUCGGUCGCCUACAAGAACGUUGUCGGUGCUCGCCGCUCCUCGUGGCGUGUCAUCUCCAGCAUUGAGCAGAAGGAGAGCGACGAGAAGAAGAACGCCCGCCUGAAGGAGUACCGCUCCAAGAUUGAGGCAGAGCUCCGAACUGUCUGCAACGACGUUCUCGGCCUCCUUGACAACCACCUCAUCCCCCACGCUGAGAACGCCGAGUCGAAGGUCUUCUACUACAAGAUGAAGGGUGAUUACUACCGCUACCUUGCCGAGUUCACCUCUGGCGAGGACAAGAACAACAUUACCAAGCAAUCCGAGACCGCCUACCAAGAGGCCUUCAACGUUGCCUCCAAGGACAUGCCCCCGACCCACCCCAUCCGCCUUGGUCUGGCCCUCAAUUUCUCGGUCUUCUUCUAUGAGAUCCGCAACUCGCCCGAGCGCGCUUGCCAACUCGCCAAGCAGGCUUUCGACGACGCUAUUGCCGAGCUCGACACCCUUUCUGAGGACUCGUACAAGGACAGCACACUGAUCAUGCAGCUGCUCCGAGACAACCUUACCCUCUGGACUUCUGAUGCCCAAGGCGACGAUGCCGACCGUCAGUAAAUUUCCUUGAAGAAAGUGUUUCAAGGCUUGUGAAAAAAAUCAAUUCGAGCGUCAAAAAAACCCAAAAAAAUGUUUUAGCAUCUUUUCUCUUCCUUAUUUUUCAAGUCAUUUCCUUUUUUUUCUUCCAGAGUCUGGUGAGCUUUUUGCAGCUAGGGUGGCUGUGCUAUCAAUGGUGCGUGUGGUGAGCGGCGGGCUUUUCGAGCAUUGGCGAUUUUUUUGUAUAUUUUGUGCAAAAAUCCCUCUUGCCUUGAACUUGCUUCACCCUUUGGCACGUUGUUGGCAGUUGCCCCUGCGACCCCUUUUCAAGCUGUGUCUCACGACAAUGUAUUCUGGUGAAUUUGAACGAAAUGACUCGGCUUUCUCUUCUGGAUGCUUUCGUUCUUCUAUUUUUUUUGGUCGCUUUUUUUUUUUUUUUUUUUUUCCCUUGUUUUGUUUUGUAGUGUUGUGCAUGAUUCUUGGGUGACAUUUUUUUGCUUGCUUGCUUGUCGGUUUUUUUUGUUUGUCUUGUUUGGUAAUUCAAGUUGGUAACUCGAUAGUUUUUUU